ACAGAAAAGUGUUAAAUGUAAUUUUUGAAGGCAUGUGAAUAACGGUUAUAACGGUUAACGGUAACGAAAGUAAGCACCAAACGAACGGAAAACGAAAAUGUGGUCAACCAAAUUGUUAAGACAAAACAUCGCUUAAAAGGAAAAGGAAUUUCGUUUUCAAAAAUCAUUUGAAAAACACUUUUGUGAGGCACAAUCAACGCGUAUUGGCUUGGGUUCUUUUUUUUCAAAGUGCUUCGCGUGCGGAGACGCUGAAACUUGUUGGAAAUCGUAAAUGGGAAAUUGGAAAAAUUGGCAAAAUGUUUGCAUUGUCAGUGUGAAAGACUGAAAAUAGCAGCCACAACAACAAUAGCAACAACAAUCUGUCACCCACAAAACUCACCUGCACACACCUACACCUAUACACACCCACACACACCUACACAUAUUCAUUGAAAUAGACAGUCUAUAAGAAGAACAAGAGAGAGACAGAGAGGCAGCAAUCAUGUGCCACGCUUUUAGCUGCCUAUUGCCCUUGCCACAGCUACCAUGCCUGCUGUGCCUCAUCCUUGUCGCACUUCUUCCGCCCACAUUCAGCGGCCAGGGUCAAGCGGCAGCAGCAACACGUGCCCGCGUCAGUUCCUCAACAACAAUGACCCGCAACAUUGAGGAGGAGAAUGCUUUACUUAAUCUUUUGGCUGGUCCACCCGUUCUAUCCGAAUCCAUAAUGGGCACCAUGGGUCGUUUACCCUGCAAUGUGACCCCGCCCAUUUAUGAGGAUCGUGUGGCUUUGGUUAUUUGGUAUAAAGUUGGCCUUAAAACGCCAAUAUAUAGUGUCGAUACACGCGACUCGAACUUUGCCCAGGGCACCCAUUGGUCAGAUGAAACGUAUCGAGAGCGCUUGUCCUUUUAUGUCGAAGGACGUGCCGGCACUUUGACCAUCAAGUCAACAACCGAAGAUGAUACGGGCGAAUAUCGUUGCCGUGUCGAUUUCCAGAAGAGUCCCACACGCAAUUCUAAAGUGAAUUUAACUGUCAUAAUACCUCCCGAAUCCGUGAUAAUAUUGGACAGCAAAGGUGCCACCAUCAAGGAUCAUACACUGGGUCCCUACAAUGAGGGUUCCACAGUGAACAUCACGUGCGUGGCCAUUGGCGGACGACCUCAACCGAGAGUUACCUGGCUGCAUGGCAAUACAAUUCUAAACAACUCUGGACAGGGACAUCCCCUUUCAGAGCGACGUGUGGGCAAUAUUCUAUCAUUGACCAAACUGAAACGAAAAAAUCUUCACAUGCAGUUAACUUGUCGGGCGGAGAACAAUAAUUUGACAACGCCAAUUACCAGCAGUGUCGUCUUGGACAUGAACUUGCGUCCUUUGAUUGUAAAACUGUCGGGUGAGAAUCGUCCUUUGUCGGCAGAAAAUGCGUAUCAGUUGAGUUGCGUUGUCAUUGGAUCACGUCCAGCACCAACGAUUACCUGGUGGAAGGGCAGCACAGCCAUGAAGAAUACGCAUGAAAUUGCCAAUCCGGAUGGUAAUAUGACCACCUCAGUGCUGACAUUUACUCCAACCAUUGAUGAUCGCGGCAAAUUUCUAUCCUGUCGUGCCGAACAGAGUAUGAUACCCGAAUCUGGUAUGGAAGAUGGCUGGAAAUUGGACAUUUAUCAUAUCCCAGUCGUUAGCCUCGAACUUGGAACAAAUUCAUUAAACUCAACCCUACGUGAAGGCAUCGAUGUGUUCUUUGAGUGCAACAUCAAAUCGAAUCCAUGGAUAUAUAAAGUCAGUUGGCGACAUAAUGGUGCAAUUCUGUCUAACAAUCCAGCCGAGGGCAUUGUUGUGGCCAAUCAAAGUUUGGUCCUACAGAAUGCCAGCCGUGCCCGAAGCGGCAUUUACACCUGUGUGGGCAGCAAUCGUGAGGGAGAUGGCGAAAGUAAUCCCGUACAAUUGGAUAUAAGAUUUGCCCCGGUAUGUCGGACUGGCCAGAAGACCACUUACAGUUCGGGACGGCAUGAGACUGUUAAAGUUGCCUGCGAAAUCGAUGCCAAUCCCAGUGAGGCCACAUACAUCUGGAAAUUCAAUGCAACACAGGGUGAAACAGUUGACAUACCCGCCUCACUGGUAGCAGUGGAUCGAGGGCGCAGUGUGGCCCACUAUACACCCAUGACGGAGAACGACUAUGGAACACUACUGUGUUGGGCUAGCAACGAAAUUGGCGAUCAAAGUGAGCCCUGCGUGUACACAAUAGUCCCGGCAGGCGAACCGGAUCCGUUGCUGAAUUGCACGCUACUGAAUCAGACAUCGACAGGCUUUCAAAUCGAAUGCAUUGAAGGAUUCGAUGGUGGACUGCAGCAGGACUUUAUCAUGGAGGUUUAUGUGAAUGGAACGACACGCUAUCCCAAAAUUUACAAAUCAAAGACUCCGUACUUUGAGGUGCGUGGCCUUGUUCCUGGCAUGGGUUACAAUGUCUUUCUCAUUGCCCACAAUAGCAAAGGACGCAGCAAUGCAACCAUUUUGCAAGUCUACACACUAAAGGAUCCGGAAAAGCAAACGGUUAAAAUAAUAUUUACCAAAUCGUAUAAUAAACCAAAAUCCACAACAACAACAGCAAAAACAACAGCCACUAGCGAUUGCAUUUGCGAUGAGCAAGAAUAUUUCGUAGUAGGCAAAGGUCAUUCAAAGGGAUUGCAUAUAUUCAAUCAUAAUGAUGAUAACCACGAUGAUAAUAAUGAUGAUGAUGAUGACGAACCGACUGAAGACCUGUCGCUGCGGUAUUCACCCGUCAUUGAGGACAUCCGGCCAUUCCUUGGCAUACUAGCUGGAAUUGUGGGCAGCAUAUUUCUGGUGGCCCUCAUCAUUGUGAUUGUGGUGCGUGUGCGCGGCUCGUCAGGACACGAUCGCAAUAAUUACUCACAUCCGGGCAACGGUAACACCAGCAGCAAUGGCAACGGCAAUGGCGGAGUCGGCGGUGGCACUACCAACACAGUGAAUGGCACUGGCAAUCUUGGCGUGCUGGGCAGCAAUAACAAUGGCAGUCUGGUCAUUGGCACCCUUGGCGGACACAAUGGUGGACAAUCAGUGCAGGAUAUGCAUCGGAUUGGACGAGAGACGUGUCAUGUGACGAGCAGUUUGGAUAGCAUUGAUAAGAAUCCUGACAUUAUACCACAAGAUGGACACGAUGUGGACGAUGAGUGGACAACAAAGGGUCAUAAUCGGGCCUAUGCCACGGCUGCUAUGGCCGAACAAAAUGCCGUUAUUACCUCCAGCACCUAUGACCAUCUGAUGCCCACCUAUGCAGUGGUCGAUAAGAAGACAGCAGCUGGUCAACAAGCAGCUGCUGCUGCUCAAUAUAUACAGUAUAAUACCCUUAUACCCGUUAACAAAAUGGGGGCUUAUGCCAAUCAACAACAACAACUUCAACAGCAGCAGCAGCAGCACCAACAGCAGCAGCAACAACAGCAACAGCAACAAAAGACUGAGCUCAGCUAUAGCGAACUGACUGCCCCCCUGGUGGGCAUUGGCGUAGGCGGCAACACUGUGCGUUUGGCGCCUUAUUGCAGUGCCACACUGGGACGGCCGGGUAGCCGUCAGCAGGCGGAAUUGAAGAGAGCCGAACCGAAUAUCUACUCGCAGGUAAAUGUUAUGAUGGAUGAUGAAAUUCUGGCCGAUUUGCAGGCGGCCACAGCAUCGGGCACCAGUUAUGUGGCUGGAGCUGUGGUCGAUAAUGUGGGUGGCUUUGGCGCAGUGGCAGCUGCUCCCUCCUCCUCAUCCAAUCUCUACAUGCAGAGCUAUGCCACGCGUAUAUAAGGCGAAACAAAGUAAAGCGAAGUGAAGUGUUAUUGUUAUUUAGUCUUUAUUUUG